GAGUUAUUUUUAUGUGUUGUUAUUAAAAGUGAUCUGGCUGUAGAAGUGUCUCGAUUUUUAUAAAAUAAACAAGUGGCGCGAAUAUCAAUCUGUAAUAAAAUAUAAAUACUCUAAUAAUUAUGUUUGAUAAGAUUACAGAAAUUUGACACGUGGAAGAUAAUUUUAAUUUAAUUUAUUAACACAAUGGGAUCGUUGCUGAGACGUAGUUUUUAUUCUUCUGCGUAUGGUAUUGCUAGAUGUCAGAAAAAUAAUUUAAUUGUCCGGAGAUUACAACAGACACAUGCUGCACUUAGUUCUAUUAAUGAAACACACGAGCCACCAAGGAACAAUAAUGUAGUACCAAUAUUUAGGAACGCCAUUAAAUUUGGCGAUAAAACAGCCUUAAGAGAUCUACAGGGGUAUUAUACAUACAGAGGAUUAUUUUUGAGCUCCAGACAAUUUGCUGGAGAGUUGUCAAAUAUUUUAAAGGAAGGCCAGCAAGAAAGGAUUGCUUUUUUGAUGCCCAAUGAUGCAAGAUAUGUUAUUGUUCAGUGGGCAUGUUGGAUGAGUGGACAAAUUGCCGUACCUCUAAGUGUAACAAGCCCACCUCCAGUCUUGGAGUACUACCUAAAAGAUUCAGGAUCAAAAGUUGUAAUCACAACGACUGAAUUUGCCCCGUUACUGGAACCAAUCGCUUCAAAAUGCAACUGUCGCUUGAUAGUCCUGGACAAUGCACUGCGACUCCUCGCCAUGAAACCAUUACCAAGAUUAGCGAACAACAGAGACACUGACGUAGAGUACUUUGACGAGCCAACUGAGACUCCGUUGAAGGACGAAUUUUACAAUGACAGCGACGCAAUGUUCGUGUACACAUCCGGGACCACUGGAACGCCCAAAGCUGUGGUGCUGACUCACAAGAAUCUGCAGUCCCAAAUGAACGCGCUUAUCUCCGCGUGGAAGUGGACAGACAAGGACAUAGUCUUGCAUACUCUACCUCUUAAUCAUAUCCACGGAAUCGUCAACGUCCUGAUGUGUCCUCUUUACAUUGGAGCGCGGUGUGUCAUGCUCCCGAAAUUCGAAACUUCCAGUGUCUGGACCCAACUUCUCGCUGUAAAUCUCCAGAAUCCCGAACGAGUCAAUGUUUUCAUGGCUGUUCCUACGAUUUAUAUGAUGCUGAUUCAAGAGUAUGAGCAGUUGUUCAGCAAGAAUCCUAAAAUUCGAGAAUAUGUUCACACAGUCUGCAGUACAAAAAUUAGACUGAUGGUGAGCGGCUCAGCACCUUUACCAAAGCCGAUUUUCGACAGAUGGGAAGAAAUAACCGGACAUCGUUUGCUGGAAAGGUACGGAAUGACUGAAACGGGUAUGGCUCUGUCAAAUCCGCUGGAAGGCCAACGUAUUCCAGGUACUGUUGGAACUCCACUGCCUGGUGUACAAGUUAGAAUAACUGGCCCAAGUAGUACACCCGAAGUAUUGGUUCAAGGUUCCAGCUCCGGCAGCAAAGUUGUCGGAAAAGAAGCUAAAAUUCCUGUAAGUGGAGACUUACAAGUCAAAGGUGAAAGUCUCUUUCGGGAAUAUUUCAAUAAGCCGGAGGCUACUGCCAAAGAAUUUACCAGUGAUAAAUGGUUUAAAACUGGUGACACUGCAAUGUAUGACGGCAGCGUCUACAGCAUCUUAGGUCGCAGUUCGGUUGAUAUUAUAAAGACAGGAGGCUAUAAGGUCAGUGCCCUGCAAGUGGAAACGGUAAUUCUUGGUCAUCCAGACAUCAUAGAUUGUGCAGUGGUCGGUUUGCCUGACAUUACUUGGGGACAAAAAGUCGCCGCUGUUGCGGUCACUCGCGAGGGAUCAGAAAUUCUGCUACACCAGAUACGCGAAUUCGCUAAAAAAUCGCUACCCGAUUACGCUGUACCUACGGUCCUUAAAAUAGUCGACAAAAUUCCGAAAAAUAAUCUCGGGAAAGUUAACAAGCCGAAUUUACUGGCAGCUGUUUUUCCAAAUAAUAAAAUUUGAAAUUAAUAUUCAUAUCAUGUACAUGCUCACUGAUAUUUAUAUACGUAAAAUAUUUUUUUUUUUUUUCAAUUGUCAAUCAAAAUGUUAAUAUUUAUUUCUUUUAAUAUAUUGUUAUAAAAUUUGUAAAAAAUUAUAGAUUUGUUUUUGGAUUUUAAUAAAAUUA